UUGGGAGUCCUAAACGAAGAGUUCAAUGGCCGCGAUGGCUCUGGUGGUGCCUCAACCCUGCGCCUCUGGGCUUUUCGGCGUUUUUCCGAUGCCGAGAGCUACUGGCUUUUCCGACGGGGAGUGGCUCAGCACUGUGGGGCCCUCGGCUUGGCUGAGGUCCUCUUUAACCUCACGCCUCUGAACGCCAACUGCCUGCUGAUUGAGCCUCGAGCGGCCAGGCUGGAGGCCCACAACUACCUCUUUGAUUUGCCCUCGGCGGCGUUCACUACCAGCACCACAACCGCCAGACAGCUGCAGCAAAAGGAUCUUGGUGGUGGAGCAGGUGGAUCUGGAAGGGGUUCUAUGACCGGCCUACAUCCGUCUGUUGGUCUGUUUCUUAAACCGGGCAGCAGCAUGCUGACCAAGUCAUUUGCCACCGUCUUUGCUCCCCUUACCUCUCGACCCGGUAUGAUUGGAUCUUGA